UUUCAAACCCCAUACGACCGGGCUAAAAUGGCCGCUAAGCUUACACAGAUGAAUGUUAAAAAUAUUUUAAAUUCUUUUUCUUCACCAAACCGCAAGAUUCGCCAUUCAUAGUAAGCAACACGAGUUUACUGCCUUGCCAGCUAACUGAAGUAUGACACGUGAUAUAUACAGUAUUCAACACGUGAUACGCCAGUUUGUCUAUUUCAGCAUCCCCACCACUUCCCACUGUUGCCCUCUUCCUCUUUGCCACAACAAUGUUACGCGCUAGAACCGCCAGACUCGGCUUCCAGCUUAUUCCUCGUCGCUGGAACUCACUUGCCCGCUUGGAGGAACUCUCAGCGGCCACCACUGAGGGACACGCAGCGGAUGUCCAGGAACCACUCAUCAGCCACUUACGGUCGCGUGGGCUCCUCCAAUCGAUCACACACGAGGAGCUUUCCGACAUUGCCGAAAAACACAAGCUUGGGUUGUACUGCGGGGCAGAUCCGACGGCGCGCUCGCUCCAUUUAGGCAACCUCCUUCCGUUGAUGAUCCUCUUGCACUUCAAUUUGCGUGGGCACGACGUUAUUGGGCUCGUGGGUGGCGCCACGGUGCAAGUGGGCGAUCCGUCUGGGCGCACGACAGAGCGCGAUGCGCUUGAUGCCGCUGCAAGAGACGACAACGUGCUCAAGAUACAAGCACAGUUGCAGAACUUCUUGGAGCAGGGCUUGGAGUACGCGAAGACCAAACAGUAUCCAAUCAAGGCGGGUGGGGCCAUUCAGACAAAGAACAACUACUCCUGGUGGCACGGAGUGAAGAUGUUGGAGUUUCUUGGGACUUAUGGGCGCUUCAUCCGUGUGGGCCAGAUGAUCAGUCGUGACUCCGUCAAAAACCGCUUGGAGUCCGCUAACGGAAUUGGUUUCAACGAGUUUUCCUACCAGAUUCUUCAGGCGUUUGACUUUUGGCACAUGUGGAAGCAUGAUAAUGUUUCGGUGCAGGUGGGUGGCAACGAUCAGUGGGGCAACAUCACCGCAGGCGUUGAUUUCAUCACGCGCUUGAAGGGCCAGUUCUCCAAGGAGGAAAAGAAGGCGCAUUCGAACCAGCGCGGUGCCUUUGGGAUCACCGUUCCGCUUUUGACCACUGCCAAUGGUACCAAAUUCGGUAAGAGCGCGGGGAACGCGGUGUUUAUUGAUUCAGCAAUCACCCCGCCGUUUGAGAUCUACCAAUACUUCAUCAAGACCCCAGACGCGGAUGUGAAGAAGCUCUUGCAUAUUUUUACCCUUCUUCCGCUUCUGCAGGUGAAGACGAUUAUGGAGCAGCAUGAGACGGACCCAGCGUUGCGUCUUGCGCAGAGGAUUCUCGCUGCGGAAGUCACUGACUUGAUCCACGGAGCGGGGAGCGGCCAUAGCGCGGAGUUGAUCACGUCGUUCUUGUAUCCGUUGCCAAACGAGCCAUAUAAACAACUCGCAUCGCCGGAAGAGGCCCAGGCCACAAUCAAUGCACUCGAAAGAGCUGGUAUCAUGAUCAGGUUCAGCAAGGUAAACUUCAUUAACAAGAAGUACUCUGAGAUCUUGCAGAUUCUCACCGGCAGCUCCAAGUCCGAUGCUCGCCGUUUGGUGACCAACGGGUCCGUCUACGUCGGUGUAGAUCGUGUAAAGGUUGAUGAGAGCGACGAGUUGUUGUUGACCGAAGAGUACUUGAUCCAGGACCGUUUGCUCUUGCUCAGGGUGGGUAAGGGCAAGUUCCAUGUUGUAGAUUUGGUGUAGCUAAUAGAUUCUUGUAAAUACUAGAUGUAGAAUGGGG